AUGGAGCCGGGCUGGGACGCGGCGCUGGAGCCGGGCUGGGAGCCGGGCGAGCCGGGCGAGCCGAGCUGGGCGCGGCCCGCCUGCCCCGGCACCCAGCCCUGCCCCCUGACCCCCUGUGCCCCCCAGGUGCCCUACCAGCCCUCCAGCCCCCGGCAGGUGGCCAACACCCUGGCACUGCUGCGGGGCCGUGCCGGCAAGACCGUGGAUCUGGGCUCUGGAGAUGGACGGCUCGUGCUCGAGGCUUACAAGCAAGGGCUGAGGCCAGCCCUGGGCUAUGAGCUCAACCCCUGGCUGCUGUGCCUGGCCCACUACCGUGCCUGGAAGGCUGGGUACCACGGGAAGAUCUCCUUCCUGAAGGAGGAUCUGUGGAAGGUGAAUCUCUCAGACUGCCACAACGUGAUCGUGUUCCUGGCCCCCAGCGUGAAGCCUCCCUUGGCCAGCAAGCUCCUGGCAGAGCUGCCCGACGACGCGCGGGUGGUGGCGGGACGCUACCCCUUCCCCAGCUGGAGCCCCAGCAGCACCCUGGGCCAGGGCCUGGACCAGGUCUGGGCCUACGACAUCAAGGAGGUGCGGCGGGAGGUGCAGGGCAGCGCCCAGCAGAGCCGGCUCUGAGCCCAGCCUCGUUAAGCCCGGGUUAACAGCAGCCUCCUUAAGCCUGGCGUUAAGGGUCAGAGCCACUCCAGCCCCUGGCUCAGCUUAGGACAGAAGUGCUUGGCCAGCAUUUGCCCUGGGGACUUGCAGGGUGGCAGAUCUUCAUUUUUCCAGAGUGUGAGCAAAGCAAGGGAGGAGAGAAUCAGACCUGGAAAUCCUGGGAUUAACGCAGGAUUGAAGGGAUGACGCUCCAGUGCCUCUUUUUGGAUGAUUGCUGCUUUAUUUCAAUUUAAGUUUUAAAUUAAAAACGUUAAAGUAUUGGUUGAUUAUUC